GGCGAGCCCCUGACAGCAUCACCGACAUGUCCCGCAAGGCAGAACGCACUUAGCCGGUGUGGCUGGUCCGUUCAACGACAAUUUACAACCGUUUACAAGAUCUUCGACGGCCACGUAUUUUUAGCCGUGAGGUUGCAAGGCUGGUGUGUGAACGUAAUCAGCCAUGGCGUCGGCAAACGUAACGUUGGAAAAUCAGCUGCACAGUGCACAGAAAAACCUGCUCUUCCUCCAGCAGGACCACGCCAACACGCUGAAGGGGCUGCACGCAGAGAUCCGCAGGUUACAACAGCAAUGCACAGACCUGACCUAUGAGCUGACCGUGAGAAGCUCUGAUCCCUCAGACAGCAGCGAGGUCCGCUGCAGGGAGCUGCAAAGGAGGUGUGAGGAGCUGGAGGCCCAGCUGAAGAAGAAGGAGGAGGAGAACACGGAGCUGCUCAGGGACCUCGAGCAGAAGAACGCCAUGAUUUCUGUCCUGGAAAACACAAUCAAGGAGCGGGAGAAGAAGUACCUGGAGGAGCUGAAGAUGAAGAGCCACAAGCUGGCCGUUUUGUCCGGGGAGCUGGAGCAGAGAGCGAGCACCAUCGCUUAUCUUACCUCGCAGCUUCACGCCACCAAGAAGAAGCUGCUAGCCGGCAGUUCGUCCGAGGCCAGCCCCAACGUCAGUCCGGUCACCUCGUACAAGCCCACGCCUCCUCCGGCCAAGGACAGGCAGCCCGAAACCCCGCGGCGCCGCAUGAAGAAGAGCCUCUCCCAGCCUCUUCACCCGGAGCUGACAGAGGUGUAUCGGCUCGGCCCAGACGGCAGACGUCUGGUUCUGCGGGAGACGGUGGACGCCAUGCCCGACCCCACGCCCUUCCUGCAGGCUGGGAGAGAGUCCCCCGAACCGCAGGUGGUGCGAGAGCGGCCCACCGUCAUCCCGCCUAUCGCCUCUGAGCGCUCCCCCGUCGCUCCCCUGGGCGCCAUGGCCAGCCCUCGUCACAGCCCCGCUCGGGACCGUCAGUACAGGGCUCACGUGGGCGUGGCUCACCGCAUCCCUCACGGCACCCCUCCCCUGGCGCCGCCACAGGCAGAGCUGGAGACGCUGGCGGUGGACCAGGUCAGCGAGGAGAAGGUCGUGCGGAAGCGCUCGGGAGCCGACAGGACAGUUUAACGCUGCGAUGCUGACGUGCACGUAAACGCUCACACACAUCUACUGUAUACACACUUACACUGCAAGAGCAGGACGGAGCCUGACCCACUGUGUAGCCCGCUUGUUACGCAACACUGCAACAUGAAAACAGAUCAUUUUGUUCACGGUAUUCCAGAAAGACUUUUGUUUUUAUUAAGACACGUUAGAAAAAGACUCCUAUAAAGCAUGCCAAAUGUUUCUUAUUCACAGCCCAGUGAGAUAUUGUAUUAUACACGUCCUUACUUUCACUUCAUUCUGUCUUAUGUGGUGCACAAAACAAACUCUCAGCCAAAUAUCUGCAUCAGUGCCUGCUUGACCGGCUCAGCCACACAGCUGUGUAGUGUAGUCAUGGCUGAUAGCUCCCUUCACAUAUCUGUCUGCUCCAUCUUCUCAACAAUACUCCGGACAUAUCAACAAACUAUAUAUUACAAGAUGUCUGCAGCCGCAUAGGGUAGAACUGAAAUUAUUAAACUAAUAACCCCCGAAUGUCUUUCAUCUUCUUCUAUAUCGGCAUAAUAACGUUACUGUAGGUACAAGCUGCAAAAUGUGCAAUUGAAAGUAGCUGGUGAAAGAGCUGUGACUUCACCUUUCCUCUGUUGAUUUGCAAAAACAGCAGCGGUGCACACGUGUGAAUGCAGUAUGAAAUGAUGGUGAACAGGGCGUAUAUACUGUGAGUGUGUGUGUGUGUGAGAGAGAGAGUGUGUGUGUGUGUGUUUCAGACAGACAGCGGAGAAGAGAGAAUUAAGUUUUGGCUUAAAAAAUAUCCAUUGAUGUUAUUUGAUACAAGGGCAUUUUUGAAAAUACUGCUGUAAUUGGAUUUUGUGAUAUUACUAACUGUACUUUAUAAACUGUACAUUUGU